GACUUCAAAGGUCACCCAGUUCUGACCCCCCUGCCAUGGCCAAGGACACAUUCUACCAGGACAGGUUGCUCAAAGCCCCAUCCGACCUGGCCCUGAACACUUCCAGGAGUGAAGCAUUCACAGUGUAUCUGGUCAACCUGUACCAAUGCCUCACCACCCUCACAGUAAAGAAUUUCUUCCCAAUAUCUAAUAUAAAACUGCCUUCUGUCAGUUUGAAGUCAUUUCCUGUGGAUCUGCCACUAUAUAAAAAAUCCCUCUCCCAGUUCUCUUUUAGGCCCCCUUUAGGUACUUGAAGGCUGCUACAGGGUACUCUAAACAUUUUGUCAAAGUUUGCUGGUUUUCUAAAGAUGCCAGUAAAAGGGCAUCUUUACUGUUUCAACCCCUUGAGAAUAUCCUUUAGUAUUUCUCCCAUGCCUCUAUCUUGGAGUGGAUGAAAACCCAUAAGCCCUUUUAAGUGUCUCAUCAAGCAAAUUCUGGGGCCUUACAGGGUCCCAACCACCUCUUUCUUGCACGUUAGAGGACCUGAGUUGACCAUAGGCUUAGAAAGAUACUCUCCAGAACCUGUCAGUGAGGUAGCAAAUGUAGAGAACAGCUCUUCAGGAGAAAGGGGGGAGCUGAAGACACCUGAUGGAGUCCCUGCCUGUGUCACAGUCAUGGGUCAGGCUACCAUGUGAGCUCAAAAAAAAAAAAAAAAAAAAAAGGAGGGAGAGUAAUUAAAAUCCCCUCACAAUAGUUCUUCUCAUUUUGUGUCAAUGUUUUCCAUAGCCUUAGGAGUCUGAUUCAGCAGCUUAUGCAAGAGGGACUGAUGACCACUGUGACACACCAUGCUUGCCCCAUUGUUUCUCUGUGGGACAUUUCAAAAGAGGAUUUAUCUAAUCCCUUCCUACAACAAAACACUAAGAAUAGUUUCCUCCCGCCCCUUAUACACCACCCACAGUGCCCUGCAUUAGGACUUUAUUUGAGGCCAUAAGAGACCUCUGCUUGAAAAGAAGCAUUGCUGGGGCAAGUGAAAGGCAGCCAUCACCUUCCUGCUCACCUGAAACAAAUGCACACACACACAGAGCAAGGUCCACCCCUCUCAGCCCUCCAGUGAGACAGCACUUCAUCUCCCAGUCUCCUGAAUCUGUCAGCUGGUUAUUUCAGCUGCACCACAAAGUCUGGAAACGAAGCCCUUUCCCUGUUUUAUCUUUCAAGCUUCUCAGUACGGGCCAGCACUGCCUAGAGAGGAUCUUCUGGAAACCAAGGACUUACACUGGAGAAUCCAAUCACAGAGCUGAAAAGCUCUGCAAGCCACAGAGAGGUAAAAUACCCCUCUCCCCCUGUUUAUAUUCGUUUUGGAUAUUGCCUAGAAAAAAACUCAUCCUCACUAAUGCAGGCCUUUCCUGCUAUCAUAACACCUUUUAAAAUGUAGGGUGUGAUGUUCUUCUCUACCACCAAAUCCAAAAUGUUUUCCCUACCGUUUUUGUUCCACACAGGCCCCUCAGGUAAGUACCCCUAAAACUUCCCCAUCUCCCUCACCCAAACCCCACAUCUCCACCUCAGGGGAAGCAAGACACUGGACCCAUCAUCUCUGUCAGGUGUCCACACCACAUAUGCAAGCCAAGAGCCACAUCCCCAGGGCUCAUUGCCAAUUUGUUAGGUAUGAAUUUUCCCCAUGAUCCUUAAAGCACAUGACUGUAAUUCUCCUCACCCCCACACUCCUUUCCAGUGUUGUAUCACAUGUAUCUGUCCAGGCUUCUGCCCAAUACUUGAGGAUCACAAAGCAAAAGUCCCUGCCUCAUGCAAGACUGGUGCUACUAUCACGAAGCCACAGCUUUGUGGCUGGGCUUCAAGGUAUGUGGUCAUCAGCAGGAGACAAAGUCUGCAUCAGAGCUGUGAUGAUUCAGGGGGUUUUAGGGUGGUUUUUUCUUCCCCACUAGCCAAUAAGAGCAUUCACAGAGGAACUUCUUCUCUGGCAGGAAGCAGGGCAGUUACUCUUCUGGCUGUCAGGCUCCUCUUCUGACGUGGUGGAGAUGGCAGUGAACUUUGCCUGUGGCUUCACUGCACUUUGCUGUUUGGCACUCUGGAGCUUCACUGGGACUUUAGGUGUUACAAAUGUACCAUCACCCCACUCAACUGUAAGACCUGGCUCCCCUGUCCCAGUGAACACCAACAACCCUGGGGUCCGCAAGGCCGCUCGCUUUGGGGUCUACAGAUACAACAACAGCUCCAAUGACCUCUUUCUGUUUAAGGAAUCACAGAUAAAUAAAGCCAUGGUACAGAUUGUCAGAGGGCUGAAGUACAUGCUUCACGUGGAAAUCAAACGCACCGUGUGUGAGAAGAGGGAUCACUCCAGCCUGGACAGCUGUCACUUUCAGAGGGAAAAAAACUUGCAACGGAUGCUGAGAUGCUAUUUUGAGGUCUGGAUAACACCUUGGACACACAAAGUACAUAUCCCUGUUGCCCACUGUCACCAAGACCUUAGAGCCUGACUUACACAGGAUCUCCCACCAUGAGUUUUUCCUUGCCUGGACUGCUGAGGUCAAUACUGAAAUGGGGAACAGCUGUGCAGAACUGCCAAAGAGCUUUUCUAUCAUAGCACAUGGUUGUUUUUCCCUUGAGAAAGACACUCCAAAGACAAGGCCUGCCUUGACUGAAUGUCUUGCUAUCCAGUUGUGUAUCUGUUUUUCCAAAACUAAACUGCACAUGAACAAGUGUUGUCAUUCUGUCGACAUCCAUCCUCUGGGUGAAUUUCCAAGCACUCCCAGGAAGCUCUGUUACACUUGUUUUGUGAUGAACCUUUACAAAGCCAUGAUGGAAACAAGUCUAAACCACAGCACAUGUGAAUACAACACCGAGGAAAGCUUUACAACAGUGGGAUGGCUUGUCUGGGUAUACACACACACACAAGCUUUAAGAUUUUCUUGUGCCAGGGAAAUGGUCAGACACAUCUUUCAGGAAGGCAAGAGGGAGAGCUGUUCUUUUUUUUUAAGACAGAGCUGUGGAUAAGGAUGUCUUGAAACACAAACAGCCCAGAAAUUACACAGUCCAACGAGUGCUUCCACUUUAAUCAAAAGCUAAGCUACACUGUGAAAGAGCAUCUCUGCAAAUGCCAAGGCAAAUAAAUCUGAUCAUAUUCCCAAAGAA